GCUUGUCACAAAUCCAAGUUUCAGUUCAAGAAGUGGUAAACACACCUUAAAAAUGGGAACUUAGGACUAUUCUCCAGUUACAUCUGUGUCUUGUUUGCAAAGCUCUCAUGGAAACAUUUGAGGUGGUUUUACAAUGAGCCACCCUGAGGAGAGAGAAGAGGCCUGCAGGUUCUCAAAUGAUGAUCGGUUUGAGGAAAAUGACAAUGAGCUCAAAGCUCCCAGGUCUGAGCAGAAAAACCAGAGAUCUACGGAUUUUCCUCUUGGUUUCCAAAGGACUGAUCAGGGGAACAGCCCUUCACCAAGCUGUUUAUCCAUAAAAAGUGGGAAAUCCAUGGAUUACCCUGUUAAAUUCAAAAAAAAUGAGAAGAACAGAAGAAGGUUUUCCAUGCCAAUAACUUUGUCCUUGCAAAGUGAUGAAUCUGAAAAUGUUCCUGUUGGUUCUAAACAACGUUCAUUGUCAGAGAGGGACCAGCAAACAUCAGAGGGAUCCACCAUUCAAACAAACCUGGACACAAUAUUUAUGACCCUUGAAAAGGACACUAUUAAGUUUGUGAAGAAUGAGCUGAAGAAGAUUCAGGGGAUUUUGGACAGAGGGCGAUUACAAAACCAAGAAGAAGAGAUGCUAUAUGAGCAGGAGAAGAAGAGAAGCAAACAAGCUAUUCUGAACAUCUCUCUGCAUUUUCUGAGGACAAUGAAUCAUGGGGAGCUUGUUGAUGAACUACUAAACGGUGACUUCAUCAUGAGCCAGUAUGAGGACAGUGAUGAGACGCAGCUGUCCUCAAAUGAUAGACUGUCUGAAGAACAUGACAAUCAGACUGGAUCUGGGAGUCCUGCAUCUGACACACCUUAUAAUCCUUCCCCAAGCUGUGUGUCCAUGAAAAGUGACAAAUCUAAGGAUUACCCACUGAAGUUCAAACAAUCUGAACCUGACACACCUUAUAAUCCUUCCCCAAGCUGUGUGUCCAUGAAAAGUGACAAAUCUAAGGAUUACCCACUGAAGUUCAAACAAUCUGAACCUGACACACCUUAUAAUCCUUCCCCAAGCUGUGUGUCCAUGAAAAGUGACAAAUCUAAGGAUUACCCAUUGAAGUUCAAACAGACUUUGGUGAAAACAAGAAGCUGUCCUGUAGAUUAUCUUACUGAUGUCAAACAGGAUUAUCACUACCAAGCUCACAAGAGGCCAAAUCUGGACUCAGUAUUUCAGAUUCUUGAGGAAAACAUUGUUACUUUUGUGAGGACUGAGCUAAGGAAUCUUUAUCGGCUGUUAAAUCCAGAACACUUUCAAACCUACAAUGAGAAAAAUCAGAUGGUUAAUUGUGACGAUGAAGAGAAAUGGAGCAUCAAAGAAGCUUUUGUCAACUUAACGCUGGAGUUUUUGAGGGGAAUGAAGCAACAGACGACUGCUGAGUUGCUACACAACAAAUGCCUUGUGGCCAAGAGUCACUGCAAACUCAAAUCUAAUCUAAGGAGGAAGUUGGCGUAUGUACCUGAAGGAAUCGCCAAAGAAAGAACUCCAACUCUUCUAAAUAAGAUCUACACCGAGCUCUACAUCACUGAGGGAAAGCCUUCAGAAGUCAACUGUAAACAUGAAAUAAAACUGAUUGAAAGAGCUCACUCAAAGCCAGAAAAAACAGAAAAAACAAUCACUUGUGAAGACAUGUUUAAGCCCAUUACUGGAAGUGAUAAACCAAUCAGAACAGUGAUGACAGAGGGAGUGGCUGGCAUCGGGAAAACAGUCUUAACACAGAAGUUUGCACUGGACUGGGCAGAAAGCAAAAUUUACCAGCACAUCCAGUUUAUGUUUUUGAUUCAUUUUAGGGAUCUGAACAUCAUGAAGAUGAAAAAAAUAAGUUUGGUUGAACUUAUUCAUCUCUUCUUUCCUGAAACCAAAGAAACAGAAAUCUGCAACUUUGAAAAGUUUCAGGUUUUAUUCAUCUUUGAUGGUUUGGAUGAGUGUCGACUUCCUUUGAACUUGAAGACUAAUGACAAUCUGACAGAUGUUACACAGUCCACAUCAUUAGAGGUACUGUUGGCAAACCUUAUCAAGGGGAGGUUACUUCCUUCAGCUCGCAUCUGGAUCACAACUCGACCUGCAGCAGCCCAUCAGAUCCCUCCUGAGUUUGUUGACCUGGUGACUGAAGUGAGAGGAUUCAAUGAUCCUCAGAAGGAGGAGUACUUCAGAAAGAGAUUCACAGAGGAAGAGGAAAGCAGAAGGAUAAUUUCUCAUCUCAAGACAUCAAGAAGUCUCCACAUUAUGUGUCACAUCCCUGUCUUCUGCUGGAUCUCAGCAACAGUUCUGGAAGAUGCCUUUAAAACGAAAACCAAAGGAGAGCUGCCCACCUCCCUAACAGAGAUGUAUGUCUACUUCCUGGUGGUUCUGUCCAAAGUGAAAAAUGUGAAGUAUGAUGAAGUAGCUGAAAAUAAUCCCCUAUGGACUCCAGAGACCAGAGAUAUGAUUCAGUCAUUGGGGAAACUGGCCUUUGAGCAGUUAAUGAAAGGCAACCUGUUCUUCUAUGAAUCUGACCUGAUGGAGGGUGGCAUCGAUGUCAGCAUAGCAUCAGUCUAUUCAGGGGUGUUCACAGAGAUUUUCAAAGAGGAGAGGGGGCUAUUUCAAGAUAAAGUGUUUUGUUUUGUCCAUCUGAGCAUUCAGGAGUUUCUAGCAGCUCUUCAUGUCUAUCUGACAUUCACCAACACUGGAGUCAAUCUGCUGUCAGAAGAGAAAUCUACAAACAUGCAGUCCCAAAUAUCCAGAGAGACAUUUGAGCUCUUCUACCAGAGUGCUAUAGACAAAGCUUUAAAGACCCCAAAGGGACAUCUGAAUCUGUUUCUUCGCUUCCUGUUGGGUCUUUCUCUAGAAACCAGUCAGACACUUCUCAGAGGUCUUGUAAUAGACACAGCAACGGGAAGCAGUUCCAAUCAAAAUACCAUUCAGUACAUCAAGAAGAAGAUUGCAGAAAUCAUGUGUCUGUCUAAGAAAGCCAAUUUAUUUCAGUGCCUGAACGAGCUGAAGGACUAUUGUCUUGCAGACGAGAUUCAACAAACUCUGAGAUCAUCAAAACUGAAAACAGAUAAUCUUUCUCCUGCUCAGUUGACAAUUCUAGUCAACAUCAUGUUGUCUUCGGAGGAGAAUCUGGAACUGUUUGACCUGAGGAAAUAUCCAGUUUCACAGAAUGUUCAGUUGGCUCUUUUGCCACUGUUCAUACAUUCUACCAAAGCUGUGCUCAGCUACCUUGCUCUGACAGAGAUGACCUACAAUGUUCUGGUCUCAAGCCUCCAGUCUCCAUGUGGCACACUGAAGGACUUGGACCUCAGUAACAAUGACCUGCAGGAUUCAGGCCUGAAGUUGCUGUGUGAAGCACUUUGCAAUUCAAAUUGCAAACUGGAAACUCUGAGGUUGUCAGGCUGUCUAAUCACCAAAGAGGGCUGUGCAGUUCUGGCAUCAGCUCUGAAGUCCAACCCCUCUCACCUCACAGAGUUAGAUCUGAGCUACAAUCAUCCAGAACAAUCUGGAGUGAAACUCCUUUCUGCAGGACUGAAAGACCCAACCUGGGCAUUGCAAACUCUGAAAACGGAACCAUUUGGAGCACAGUUUUUAAACCCUGGUCUGAACAAAUAUGCCUGUGAACUCUCAAUGAAUCCUAGCGGUGCUCACAGAAACCUCCAACUCUCUGACAACAACAGAAAAGUGACAGUGGGAGGAAAGAAGCAGCCACAUCCUGAUGAUCCAGAGAGGUUUGACGUUUGGGAACAGCUGCUGUGUAAAGAUGGUCUUACUGGUCGCUGUUACUGGGAGGUUGAGUGGAGAGGAAGAGUUUCCAUCGGAGUGACGUAUAAAGGAGAAAGUGAUGACUGUGCUGUUGGCAUGAACAAGCCGUCCUGGACUUUGUUGUGCUCUGAUGAUGGUCUAUCGGUCCAACACGGAAACAAAAUAACACCCAUCCAUGGAGACCCUUCAAACAGACUGGGAGUUUAUCUGGACUGGCCUGGGGGGAUUGUGUCCUUUUUUGGGGUCUCUUUGGAUAAAAGUACCUACCUUCACUCCUUUACUACUAAAUUCACAGAGCCAGUUUAUCCUGCUUUUGGGAUUUCCACUGAUUCAUCUCUGUCUUUGUGUUAGAUGUAGUACUACAGUAAGAACAAUGGAGGUAAUCAGAAGAUAUAAUCCUUAAGUAAAUUGCAAACAUCUUCAUGUCUAUCUUAAUCCAAAUUCUACUUUGGAUGUACAUGCAGUAUGUACGCCACACAAAGUAUUGAAUCAUUUUCUUUCUUGAUAAUUGAAUCUGUUGACGCCUAUUAAGCAUUUAACAGGUUAAUUAUUUGCUUAAUGGUAAAUGUUAUUAAUGAACCAAAACUAUGCUGAUUACAGAUGAUGGAUGAGUCACUACUUAUUAUUAUUAUUAUCAGUUUGUAUUCAGGGCCUCCUUCUACUUGCGUCAGUGUCCUGCUGUGAUUAAAGAGGAAAGACCGCUGGGCUGAUUGUUUGCUUUUGAAGGAAUGAGGAGUGGAACAACUUUUCUAAGACAAAAUAAUAUUUAUAUUUGAAAUUUGUUGGAAGUCAACCAGGAGAAUAUUUCUGUUAUUUUUAUAUCUUUUUUGUAUUCUGAUAAUAAACUAUUUUUAGAAUUUACUGAUGAUAAACUAUUACAAAACAUUUAAUUCUAGUAAACCUGUAUUGUUUCGUACAAAUUUACAGCAACCAAUCAAUCAAUGCAUCAGUAGCCUUUCAAGUUAUAACUGUGUGUAUCAUGCAGCAUUGCGCUUACAAUUAAAUUGUUUUUUUUUUAAACCUGCUGUUAUGCAAACAGCAGUGAUUUUGGAAAAGACAAUAUCUUCCACAGGUUUAAUUUAAGUAAGCUUGUUAAUAUGAUACUAUCAUAAGCAUCAUGCUGUGAGUUUUCUCUGACAUGCUGUGUAAUUUGUGGGUUUAUUUUUGAAGUUUACUUUGCUAAGAGACUUUCAUUGUUGCACGUAUUUUGGUUAUUUGGAGUUAAUAUGUAACUUUCAUUCAAAUAUUGAAGUGAGCUGUUUAGAUACACAUUAAAAUGUUCAUUAAAUUGUUUGCUUGUUUUUUUGAUCUUGUUAUAAAGCUUUUCUGUUUUUUUCUGGUUUUUUUGUUUGUUUUUUUGACAUAAGUAGGGCUUAUUUUUUCCACAUUUGAAAACAGAAUAUGACAAUGUAGCCACAUUUUGGAUAUUCUUCGACAACAUACACUGAAAUCAAUUAUACGUCCUUUAUCUAAGGAACAAAAGUUCAAAAACUGCCAUGAAUACAGUAAAAUUUCAGACAUUAAUUAAAUCAAUGAUGAAAAGCUUAAAUUAAAAAUCAGAAAACUCAUAAACUCAAAAAUCUAAUAAGGAGUUUGACAGAUACAAGAUUUAAUCCAAGGCUGCUUUCAGUUUUUACAGUGUGCAGUAAACUAAAUUAAGACACAUAAAGGCUCCAAAAACAGUUCAUGUAUGAUGACUUUUAAAUAUGCUCUUGUGAAUAUGGUUCACACACAGUGGUGGGAUGUUACUGCAUAUGAUUACAUCUCAGAUGUAAUCCAGAUUAUAAAAAAUGGCUUUUGUCUGUAUUACCAGAGGGCCAAUUUCAAGGAUUAUAUUAGAGCCCCAUCUUGUGGUGAUUUAUAAAUAAUGGCAAGAAAUGCAUUUAACAUUUUUUUUAAAGUUUCUUACAAACAUUUUGGCAGAUUCCUCCCUGUACCCCAAAAAUCCCAUUUUCACAAUUAAACAUGCAUAAAGUAAAAAAAAAAAAAAAAAGCCAUUUGUCACUGCAGCUUCAUCCCUGAUAAUUAUGCAGCCAUGUGAGGGAGACCAAGCUAAAAAAAGAUACAAUGUUCCUUCUCUAAUUGGAUGUAAAAUAUAUUAUAUUUGAAAGUUAAAACCAUUUCUGGUGCUUGUAGGACAGACGUGUUGGUGUACCAUAAAUAUCAUCUUAAAUGUUUGGCUAUCUUUCUGUAAAAACCUUCAGUUCUGGAUGAAAAACAUUCCUGUGGUGCUAAAAGCAGCUCCCAGAACGUUCCAGGGACAGAAAGCAAACAAGCAGCUGCAGUGUGUUUAUUCUCAUAAAUUUCUUUUGUAUCUAAGUCUCCUUUGUUGUCUCAUGGAAAAAAAGUUGAGACUUUCCAAUCAAAACAUCUAUAAUUCUUGGAAAAAUGUACAUCCAUUGCGAAUCAAGUAAAAAAUAUUAUUCCACAGAA